AUGCUAACCUCCUGUGACUUUAACCAGAACAGUGAACCAUUCUGCAGGUUCAGCCAGGACAGCACAGACAACAGUGAUUGGACCCGACAUAGAGGUCCAACCCCAACACCUGGCUCUGGCCCUAGUGGAGACUACCCUGAUGGAAAGGGAUACUACAUCUACCAUGAAUGUGAUAACGUGGCUAACGGUCAGAAAGCUCGGCUGCUGAGCCCUGCCCUCUCAUCGUCGGCCUCUCAGAUCUGUGUCCAGUUUCGAUACUACAUGUACGGCUCAGAUAGUCAGAAUGUGUUGAGGGUUCUGGCUAAGAGGCCCAGUGGAGACGAAGAGGUCUGGAAGAGGACCGGAAUCCAGAGUCCCUCCUGGCUGAAGGGCUCCGUCACCGUGUCCAAACCCAGCAGUCAGAGCGUCACAAUCGUGUUCGAGGCACAGAGAGGCUUCAGUUCUUCCUGUGACUCAGCUCUGGACAACAUUGUCAUCACUGAAGGCGCAUGUCCCUCUUGUGUCUCUGGCUGUGAUUUUGACACUCUUGGCGACCUGUGCGGGUGGACGACUCAAACUGAGAACCCUGAUGUGUUCGGCUUUGAUCAGUGGAUUGGACCAACAGACACUGAAGGGACUGGACCUGAUGACGACUUCUCCAAACCUGGAUUUGGUGCCUACAUGUUGUUGGAUUCUUACGAAGCUGUCCCUGGAGUCAGUUCUGAGAUCAGAAGCCCAGUAAUAACCCCCUCGUCUGGAUGUUUGGACCUCACCUUCCACUACUACCUGUAUGGCACCAGCACCACAAUGGAGCUCAGAGUCCACACCAUCACCGCAGGCGGAAGCCUUGGACCUGCUCUCUUCACUGUCAAGGGGAACCAGGGUCAAGGCUGGAAGCCUGCAGAGGUCCGCUACCUUGGAACUGCUGCUACUCAGUUUGUGAUUGUGGGUACCUUUGGAGAAACUCCUCAGACAGAUAUCGCUGUUGAUGCUGUGUGUAUCAUGGCCUGCAAAGCAAAACCAACAACGGCAAAACCAACAACUGCUGGACCAACUACACCAAAACCAACAACAGCAAAACCAACAACAGCUGGACCAACUACGGCAAAACCAACAACAGCUGGACCGACUACACCAAAACCAACAACAGCAAAACCAACAACCCCUGUACAAACAACGGCAAAACCAACAACUGCUGGACCGACUACACCAAAACCAACAACAGCAAAACCAACAACAGCUGGACCAACUACACCAAAACCCACUACGGCAAAACCAACAACUGCUGGACCAACUACACCAAAACCCACAACGGCAAAACCAACAACUGCUGGACCAACUACACCAAAACCCACAACUGCAAAACCAACAACUGCUGUACCAACUACACCAAAACCCACAACGGCAAAACCAACAACUGCUGGACCAACAACUGCUGGACCAACUACACCAAAACCCACAACUGCAAAACCAACAACUGCUGGACCAACUACACCAAAACCCACAACAGCAAAACCAACAACUGCUGGACCAACUACACCAAAACCCACAACGGCAAAACCAACAACUGCUGGACCAACUACACCAAAACCCACAACAGCAAAACCAACAACUGCUGGACCAACUACACCAAAACCAACAACUGCUCGUCCAACUACACCAAAACCAACAACUCCCAAACCAACUACAAAGCCACCAAGUAUGACAUACCCAUGCCCUCCUGAUGCAGAGUAUAUAGAAUGUGGUCCAGCUUGUAUCCCCACCUGUAUGGAACCCUCCACCAACUGUUCUGGCUCGUGUAUCAGUGGCUGCUUCUGCAAACCAGGCUUUGUCUUUAAGGGACGGCGCUGUGUGCCACUGGAGAAAUGUGGCUGUCUGGAUGACAAGAAUAACUAUUAUGAGCCUGGCGAGAUCAUUUUUGGAGACGGCUGCUCAAAGCUGUGUCGCUGUGCAGGGAACUACACUUUGGAAUGUGUUGAUAACUCCUGUGACCCCACUGAAGAGUGUCGCGAUGUUAAUGGUGUUGCAGGCUGCUAUCCUAAAGGUACAUCCACAUGCAUAGCAUCUGGUGAUCCCCACUACACCACCUUUGACAAACGCAAGUACAACUUCAUGGGCAACUGCAGCUAUCUGAUGUCUGCACCCUGCAAUGAGACAGCUCUGCCGUACUUUGAGGUCCAUGCCGACAAUGAAAAUCGCUAUAACAGGCCCACUAUCUCCUAUUUGAAGGCCGUACAUGUAUAUGUACACAACGUGAAAAUCUCCAUUCUCAAAGGUGGCACUGUGCAGGUGAAUGGCACCAAUGUAAACCUGCCAGUGUCUCCGGUCCCUGGUGUUUCCGUAUUCAAGUCAGGAAAACACUACACUGUUUCCAUGAACUUUGGUGUGACUGUUCGCUAUGAUGGAAACCACUUCAUGGACAUCAAAGUGAUCAAGGACUAUCAGAAAAAGCUGUGUGGACUGUGUGGAGAUUAUGAUGGAGAUGCCAAAGAUGACUUCCGUAAGCCAGAUGGAUCGCUGACCAACAGUGCCAAUGCCUUUGGACACAGCUGGAACACUGAUCCAGAGUGUAAUAAGAAACCCAACACCACCAUCCCUGGGUGUGAAGCAGGAGAGCAGGAACUGUAUGAGAGCUCUGGAUACUGUGGCAUCCUGCUGGACAAAAAGGGUCCUUUCGCCGUGUGCCAUCCCAAAGUCAACCCCAAUAAUUACUUCAGGGACUGUAUCUUUGACCUGUGUGAGCUGGAUGGAGCCAAGCCCAUUCUAUGUGAAGCCAUUGAAGCCUACGUCAAUGAAUGCCAGGACCGUGGGGUCAACAUCGGACCUUGGAGGAAUGAAACUUUCUGCCCCCUGAGCUGUCCCCCCAACAGCCACUAUGAGCCCUGUGCAGACCCCUGUCAGCCGUCAUGCUCUGGGAAACCUCCCUCCUGUGGUGGGCCCUGCUCUGAAGCCUGUGUGUGUGAUCCUGGCUACGUCCUGAGCGCCGGCAAGUGUGUGAAGAAGAGUUCAUGUGGCUGCAAACACAGCAACGGCCAAUAUUAUGAGCCUGGAGAGGAGUUUUACGUGGAGGGCUGUAAGCUGAAGUGUAGGUGUGACGCCCCCUUCGUUACCUGUGUGGCCUCUGACUGUCCCCCGAUGCAUGAGUGUAAACUCCAGGAUGGAGAGCUGGGCUGCUAUCCCACUGGCUCUCAAGACUGUGUGGUCUCUGGAGAUCCACAUUACAACACCUUUGACAAGAAGUUCUACAGCUUCAUGGGAACAUGUACCUACACGCUGGCCAGAACCUGCAAGAACAACACAGGUCCUUGGUUCUCAGUGGAGGGGAAGAAUGAGGAGAGAGGAGUGCCAGGUGUGUCCUACCUGAGAAAACUCUAUGUCACUGUGAAUGGAAUCACUGUGACCAUGAUGAAGGCCAGAAGGACUCUGGUGAACGGAGUGCGAGUGGCCCUCCCUCACUCCCCCUCUCCUCUCAUGACUCUCAGUCUUGCCGGUCAGUACAUCACCCUGCAGACACCGUUUGGCCUCCGGGUGCGUUGGGAUGGAAACCACCACGCCCAAAUCACAGUUCCCAGCUCCUACUAUGACCAGAUGUGUGGUCUCUGCGGUGACUACGAUGGGAACCCAAACAAUGACUACACCAAACCAGAUGGCACCCUGGUAGGAAAUGUCAACGACUUUGCGAACAGCUGGCAAACAGAAGAGGAUGAGGAUGAUUCGUGUACCCCCGGCACCAAGCCCGACCCAGACUGUGACCCCAAACUUGAAGCUGAGGUGGUGAAACCAGACAAAUGUGGCAAAAUUAAAGACCCUGCUGGACCUUUCAGGGAAUGUAUCAGUGUGGUGGAUCCCACUCCAUUCUUCAGGAGCUGCGUGUACGACAUGUGUCAGUUCAAUGGCCAGCAGAAAGUACUGUGUGACCAGCUCCAGGCCUACACUGAUGCCUGCCAGACCCACGGAGCCAAAGUCCACCAGUGGAGGACUCCAGACUUCUGUCCCCUGGCCUGUCCUCCCAACAGCUCCUACUCUCUGUGUGUGAGUUCGUGUCCGGAGACGUGUCUGGGUGUGGUCGGAGCCCCCGGCUGUGAGGACGUGUGCCUGGAGGGUUGCGAGUGUAACCCAGGCUUCAUCCUCAGCGACGACAAGUGCGUGCCACUGAAAGACUGUGGCUGUGUGGACACCAGCGGAGCCUAUCACCCUGUGGAUGAUGAAUGGUACUUGGAGGGUUGCGAGCAGGAGUGUGUGUGUCACAGUGGAGGUCUCAUCCAGUGUCGCAACAGCAGCUGUAAACCAAGCACUGAGAGCUGCCAGCUACAAGAUGGAGAAUAUGAAUGCCGCCCUCUGGGAACCGGUAUCUGCUCAGUAUCUGGUGAUCCUCACUACAACACGUUUGACAAACGCACACACAAUUACAUGGGAGCCUGCUCCUACACCCUGACCAAGCCCUGCAACGUCUCCUCCGACUUGCCGUACUUCACUGUGGACACCCAGAACGAGCACAGAGGAAGUAAUAAGAAGGUUUCCUACGUCAGAGCUGUGGUGAUCAAUGUGAACGGUGUGACUGUCAUCCUCGGCAAGGGCCGUAGAGUCCAGGUCAAUGGGACGGUGGUUGUCCCACCUGUCACCUCCAUCAGUGGAGUCAAGAUCUACCUGAGCGGAAAGUUUGUUCUACUCGAGACCUCCUUCGGCCUGAGGGUGCGUUUCGAUGGUAACCACCACGCCGACGUCACCGUGCCGACCUCCUACAAUGGCCUGCUCUGUGGCUUGUGUGGUAAUUUCAAUGGAAACUCAAAAGAUGACAACUUGAAACCAGACAAUACACCAGCUGCUAACACCAAUGAACUGGGAGACAGCUGGCAGGUUCCUGACCCACGGCCUGACUGCACCAAUGGCGGAGAACAGGAAGACUGUGAUGACGACGUGGAGGAGGAGGCCCAGAAGCCCACCAACUGCGGCAUGAUCACUGAUCCCAAUGGUAUCUUUAAGCCCUGCCACUCGGUGGUGCCCCCUGAGCAGUACUUUGGAAACUGUGUGUACGACAUGUGUGCUACUGGAGGUCAGACCGUGGCUCUGUGCCAGGCCAUCGAGAGCUACGCUGACAUGUGUGCUGCUGCAGGAGUCUCCAUCGCAUGGAGAAACAACACCUUCUGUCCUCUGAAGUGCCCCCCAGGAAGUGAGUACACCCCAUGUGGCCCCGCCUGUCCCCAGCCCAGCUGUCAGGAUCCUGCGGGCCCCGGUGGCUCUUGCAACCAGCCGUGUGUGGAGGGGUGCAUCUGUAACCCCGGUCUGGUCCUCAGCGGAGACAAAUGUGUCCCACUCAGUGAGUGUGGGUGCACUGAUGAAGAUGGAAAGUACAGGCCGGUGGGAGACAGCUGGUUCACAGAGACGGACUGCUCAGAGCGCUGCAAGUGUAACGGCAACCGCAACAUCACCUGCGAGCCCUGGCAGUGCAGCCCCGCUCAGGAGUGUAAAGUGGUGGAAGGAGUACUGGACUGCCAUUCAACAGGUAAAGGAGUGUGUCAUGUGGCUGGAGAUCCUCACUACUACACCUUUGACGGUGUGAUGCACACAUUCAUGGGCACCUGCACGUACACUCUGGUGGAGGUGUGUAACACCACCAGAGUCACUCCCUUUAAGAUAGUGGCUAAAAACGAGGAGCGUGGUCAGCCAGAGGCCUCCUACGUUCGCUCUGUCAAAGUCUACCUGCCUCAUGAUAAUGUGGUGGAGCUGCAGAAGAGCCGCAGAGUCCUGCUGAAUGGACGACGGGUGCGUACACCAGUUUCCGUCGACUUGGCCGGAGCCAAGGUGAUAACCAGUGGAUCCUACAGUCUGCUGGACACAAACUUUGGUCUGCAGGUGAAGUUUGACGGAGUCCAUCACCUGGAGAUAACUGUUCCUGGAGAAUACUUCAACAAGCUGUGCGGCAUGUGUGGGAACUACAACCACAACUCGUCUGAUGACAACCUGAUGCCCAACAAGAAACCCGCCAAGGACGUGAUUCAACUGGGCAACAGCUGGAAAUCAGAAGGAGACAGUGACCCUGGCUGUCAGCCGGACACUCGUCCAGACAUCCACCCCAACUGCACAGCAGAAGAAGAGAAGCUGUUUGAGGCUCAGUGCGCCGAGGUCAUCCUCUCCGACCGCUUCAAGCCCUGCCACUCUCUGGUGCCCCCGGAAGCUUUCCUGGGUAACUGCGUCUACGACAUGUGCGAGUAUGACGGCAUGCAGGCCACGCUGUGCGACAACACGGAGGCGUACGCUCAGGCCUGUCAGAGCGCGGGCGUCACCAUCAGCUGGAGGAACAACACCUUCUGUCCGCUGCCCUGCCCUCCUAACAGCCACUUCUCAGACUGUACCGCCCCCUGCCCCCCAACCUGCUCCGACCUCUUCCCCACGGUCUGCCACCUCCCCCCGACCACCUGUGUGGAGGGCUGCCAGUGUGACGCCGGUCAUGUGCUGAGUGACAACAAGUGCGUUGCCCUGCACGAGUGUGGCUGUGUGGACUCAGAUGGAGAAUACCAUGAUGUGGGAGACUCGUGGCUGACAGAUAAGUGUGCUGAAUCCUGUGUGUGUAACCUUGGUGGUAAAAUCACAUGUAAGGACCACAGCUGUAAUUCAAACUCAGUGUGUGCUCUGGACAAAGAUGGAGACCUCUACUGCAAACCCACCAAGUUUGACAAGUGCAGCAUUUCCGGGGAUCCUCACCACCGAACGUUCGACGGCUUCACCCAUCACUUCCAGGGCCCCUACACCUACGUCCUGACUCAGGGCCACAACCUGCCGGGCUCCCUGGCGCCCCUGGUGGUUAGGGGGAAGAACAUCAGACGUGGUGGGAACAGGAGGGUGUCAUUCCUGGAUCAGAUGUACAUUGAUGUUUACGGCGUCAAUGUUCGCUUCCUGCCGAGGAAGACCGUCCUGGUGAAUGGGGAGCGUGUUGCGCCUCCUCUCAGUCCAGUUAAUGGUUUGACCAUCACGAUGAACUCCAGGCAGGUGCAGCUCACCACUGACUUCGGACUCACUGUUCGCUUCGACGGCAACAUGCGUGGAGAGAUCAUUCUGCCCAGCACCUACAAGAACUCCGUCAGAGGCUUGUGUGGAAAUUACGACGGCAUCACCAGGAAUGAGUACAUGAAGCCUGACGGGAGGGUGGUCAGGAACCUGAACGAGUUCGGAGAGAGCUGGAGGGUCACUGAUCGCCAGGCUGGACUGAAGAGCUACGACCUCCCUCACACAGUCCAUAGGCGAGAGGUGGAGACUGAUCCAGACUCAGGAUUUGAGACGUCAGACUGCUCUGAGUCCCAGCUCAAUGACUACAACAGUGCGGCUCAGUGUGGAGCGCUGUCUGACUCCAAGGGCCCGUUUGCUGCCUGCCAUGCCGCCCUGCCUCCCAGACCCUACCAGGAUGACUGUGUGUUUGACCUGUGUGCUGAGCGCGGCAGUGCAGCGCUGCGUUGUGCCAGUUAUGAAGCGUACGCCGCCGCCUGUCAGGAGGCCGGAGUCAAACUGGGAUCCUGGAGGAAGCAGCUGGACUGUGCUCUCUCCUGUGACGCCAACAGCACCUACUCCUCCUGUAUGUCGCCCUGCCCGGCCUCCUGCGCCAACCUGGCAGCACCCUCCGACUGCGACACCUCUUCCUGCGUGGAGGGCUGCCAGUGCGCCGCAGGCUUCGUCAUGAGCGAGGGCAUCUGCGUGCCGUACACACAGUGCGGCUGCACCUUCCUCGACAGAUACUACCCUCUGAAGGAGACGUUUGUGACCGAGGACUGUUCUCAGACCUGUGAAUGCACGAGCACCGGCGCCGCGUGCCGACCCAAGACCUGCCCAGAUAAUUACGUCUGCACCAUCUAUGACUUAAAACGUGACUGCUACAGAGCGAGUCCCUGCCUCAGUUACCCCUGUCAGAACGGAGGAACAUGCAAAGAAGCCAGCAACAGCACCUACACCUGUCAGUGUGCAGAGGGCUUCGAGGGCGCAAACUGCGAGGUGGAGGUGACGCAGGGUGACGGACUGGAAACCAAGUGGAUCAUCCUGAUCGCGGUCCUGGUCUCACUCACUGCCAUCAUCAUCAUUGUGACCACUGUUGUGUGUGUGUGCAACCGCAAAGCCAAGAAAGUCAAGCUUCAAGAGAAGAAGUUCAGCAUGAAAUCAGCAAGUUCUCCAUAUACAAACAUGAAUAAGCAAAAAGAUGACAAAAUGACCUCCAUGUGAAUGUAAAACCUGCUGCUCAGUAGGUUGUUGUAGUCUUUAUAUAUAGAUAUGGUUCAUUUGCCCAUGUGUUGUUUUAUUAACUUAACUUAACCUUGUAAAGCUGUAACUGUUGUCAGAUGUGUUCCUGUUAACAGAGGAGUGUGUGUCUUAUUAAUGUAUUAGUGUGUGUGUGGAAUAAAACGUGAGUGGAACAAAACAGUAAGUGUGUGUGUGUCUCUGUUAUACAACAAUGACACGUCCAGAACAGAUCAAACUCAGUGUUUUAUUAACCUCACGUUGAACUUAGAUCUUCACGUUCCCCCACAGGACAAAUUCUAAUGAGUCUGCUGGUCACCUGACCUUUGACCCAGCAGGUCUGAUACCAAACAGUGACUCAGUCAGUCAGAGUCAGUCAGUCAGUCAGUCUCUCUCACACACACACACACACCAUGUGAUUCCUCUUCUAUCAUCCCUCUUUUCCUUUUGUCUCUCUACAGUCAGAAUCAACAAUAAAAUCAUUUAAAUAAAUGAUUGAUAACAGAGGUAUAAACAUUAUAGUCUUAUGAAAAUAUAGUGAUUAUUAUCGGUUCUGGUCAGUUCAGCUCUGCUGAUGAGCCCAGGUACUGACAACCCUUGGCCACACCCACCUCUAAUACCUGUAAAAGGAAGCAGCCACACACAGGAAGCAACAAAUACACAGGUGGAGUGGCUUGUCACACUGACAUACAU